AUGGUGUCCUCAAGAUUUCUCUCUCUCCUUUUUCCCAUUAUUUUACUCAUCGCUACUCAUCAAGCCUUUGCUCAGGAAGAUUGGCUAGCUUAUCAAAGCCACUUGUGUUCAAACAACAAAGGCAACUACACCACCAAUAGUACCUACCACAGAAACCUCAACACCCUUCUCUCCUCCCUUCCCUCCAACAACACCGGUAACGGCUAUGGCUUUUACAAUUCAUCCUACGGCCAGAGCUCCGACAACAACCAAGUUUAUGCAAUUGCACUUUGCUAUAUGGUCAAUAUUGACGACCCUGGCUGCCGCAAUUGCCUUAAUGUCUCCAGGUACGCUCUCAUUGAGCUCUGUCCUAAUCAGAAGGAAGCUGUGUUUUUCACCCACGGUUGUAUGUUACGCUACUCAAACAGUUUGAUAUAUGGCACCAUGGAAACUACGCCUUCUCUCUGUAUGUCCAACACACAAGACGUACCGUCUUCCACCGUCAACGAAUUCUUUCAAAAGCUUAGGGAGUUGUUAGGGAGCUUAAGAAGUGAAACUGCAGCCGCUGGUUCACUGCGUAAGUUUGCAUAUGGAAACACAAGCGGUGAAAAUAUCCAAACAAUAUACGGUCUUACGCAGUGCACGCCAGACUUGUCCGAGCAAGAGUGCAAUGAUUGCUUAAUUGGUGCUUUUGGAAAUUUGUGUAGUAAUGGGAAAAUAGGUGGGAGAGUUAUUAGACCCAGCUGUUACUUUCUGUAUGAGGUUUACCCCUACAUUAACAUUUCAGCUGUCAAGCCACUGCCAUCUCUACGAAGCCCACCAUUAUCAUCACCACCAAUAUCUCCCCUUCCGCCUUCAACAACCGGGAAUUCAGAAGGAUCCAACAGAUCUCGGAAUGUCGUGAUUAUUGUUGUGUCAAUCGUUGUUUCUCUGCUACUAAUUAUAUCCAUCUGCAUUUGUUUGAGAGUGAGGAAGACAAAGAAAAAGCUUGAAAUACUUCCAGCCGAAGAUGUAGAUGAGAUUGGAAAUGCAGAAUCCUUGCAAAUGGACUUUGACACCAUUAGAUUAGCCACAGAUGACUUUUCUGAAGUUAAUAAACUCGGACAAGGCGGAUUUGGCUCUGUUUACAAGGUCUUGUUAGUGGCCAGGCUUCAACAUCGAAAUUUAGUUAGGCUCUUAGGUUUCUGCUUGGAAGGACAAGAGAGGCUUCUUGUCUACGAAUUUGUCUCUAAUGCAAGUCUCGAUCGUAUCAUAUUUGACCCAAUCAAGCGUGCAGAGUUGGAUUGGGACAGACGAUACAAAAUUAUAGUAGGCAUUACUCGGGGGCUCCUUUAUCUUCAUGAAGAUUCUCGUCUUAGAAUUAUUCAUCGUGAUCUCAAAGUUAGUAACAUCUUGAUAGAUGGUGAGAUGAACCCCAAAAUUGCAGACUUUGGCAUGGCAAGAUUGUUCGUGCCUGAUCAAACCCAGGCCAAUACCAAACGAAUUGUGGGGACCUACGGAUACAUGUCUCCAGAGUAUGCAAUGCAUGGGCACUUUUCAGUUAAGUCUGAUAUCUAUAGUUUUGGUGUGUUAACUUUGGAGAUAAUAAGUGGACAGAAAAUUAGUGAUUUUCAGCGUGGAGAGAAUGUGGAGGAUCUUCUAAGCUAUGCAUGGAAGAAUUGGGUUAAAGGGACAGCUUCAAAUCUAAUAGAUCCCACACUGAGGAUUGGUUCAAGAAGUGAAAUGAUGAGAUGCAUCCACAUUGGAUUAUUAUGUGUGCAAGAAAAUGCAGCUGAUAGGCCAACCAUGGCUUCAAUUAUUGUCAUGCUGAAUAGCUACUCUCUCGUUCUUCCAGUGCCCUCACCACCAUCGUUUGUUAUGCACAGCAACACUGAAUUCAAAACUCCUUUGUGGGCAUUGGACUCUAAUUCAGAUGAUCAAUCACAAAGCAACUCUACGAAAGUGUCGGUGAAUGAGACUACUAUUAGUGACCUAUACCCUCGCUAG